ACCCUCUUCAUCUCUCUCUAUAGUUUACUUUUCCUUACACCCAAUUGCCUUCUCUUUCUCUUCUUCAACUUUCACACAAACACUGCAUGCGUCUUUGACUACAACUUCUUCAAUUUCCAACUUUCUUGUUUACCCACUAUCCCUACCUUGGUGUUUUUUGUUUUGGUGUGCAUCCAUCUCUUUAUUUAUUGAGUUAGUUUCACUGUCUUUUGACACCAUUUUUUCAUCUGGGUGUUUUUUGGAGUUGUUGUUCUUGUUGUUGUUGUUUAACUUGGCUUUGUGAGAGAAGAUGGUUGGUGCUCUAUCUGUUGUGGGUUCAUCAGUGUUGGACUCUCACACUGGUCCAUGUUUGUGUGUGGAUGCUCUUCCCACAACUAGUGUCAAUCUAAGGAGUGGUGGAGAUGUUGUUUUGUGGAAGAAUUUGAUGGGAAAGAAGCACUUGUUGAGGCGUGGAACUAUGGAGUUGAACAGUUCCUUCACUGAUCCUGGAAGGGGGUGGAGGCUCUGUGUUAGCAGAAGUUGCAAGAAGCAGCGCAGGGAUAGGAGAUUCACCAUUGUCAAUGAGCUUGGUGGCCAGUAUGAUGACAACUUUGAAGAUGUUAAAACGCAAAUGCUCAACUAUUUCACGUACAAAGCUGUGAGGACCGUUCUUCAGCAGUUGUAUGAGAUGAAUCCACCUAAAUAUACAUGGUUCUAUAAUUUUGUUGCAUCAAACAAACCAGCAGAUGGGAAACGUUUUAUCCGGUCCCUUGGAAAGGAGCACCAAGAGCUUGCUGAAAGGGUGAUGGUAACUCGGCUUCACCUUUAUGGUAAAUGGGUCAAGAAAUGUAAUCAUGCUGAGAUAUAUCAAGAAAUCUCUGAUGAAAACUUGGAGUUAAUGAGGGAACGGCUCAUGGAGACAGUAAUAUGGCCCUCAGAUGACACAAACAUAGAAACAAUUGGCUAAUAAUUCAAGAUCAUUCAUCUCAAAUUUGCCCUUUCUGUCUUCAACCUCUUCCUAGUCUAGGUAUAUUUUUGGUUCAAUACCAAUCUGUUUUGUUUCCAAAAGUGCCAUUUAUGUAAUACAAAUUCUCAGUUUUACGUUAUGUAAAUUGUGUAUAUAUCUAUACUUUUUUAAAUACAUAAUCCAUUAUUUCGA